UAUGGUAAUAAGACAACAAAUGAAUGCGCUGUCGCAACAAGGCCCCCCCGCAGGCAGCCGGCCCGUGGGAGGGGGCAGGGGCCGGGGAGCAGAGCCCCGCACGGCCCCGCACGGCUCCGCACGGCCCCGUGCCCCCGCCGCUGCACCGGGGCAGAUCUCGAAAGUCAGCGGGGGAAAGCAAGACACCCGAGUGGGGAGGAGAGAAGCGAAGAAAAGGCCGCGGCGGAUCCGCGCUCCGCAGCCGUCCCGGGGAGCCGGGCCAUUAGGCAGAGAGAGGAGCAUGGCUCAGAGCUCGGGGAGAGCAGCAGGGCACGGGGGUGUGAACCAGCUCGGGGGGGUGUUUGUGAACGGCAGGCCCCUACCUGACGUGGUGAGACAAAGGAUAGUGGAGCUGGCUCACCAGGGGGUGCGACCCUGUGACAUUUCCAGGCAGCUGCGGGUCAGCCACGGCUGUGUCAGCAAGAUCCUGGGCAGGUACUACGAGACGGGGAGCAUCAAGCCCGGCGUGAUCGGCGGCUCCAAGCCCAAAGUAGCGACCCCCAAAGUAGUGGAUAAAAUCGCCGAGUACAAGAGACAAAACCCCACCAUGUUCGCUUGGGAGAUUCGGGACAGGCUACUGGCCGAGGGCAUCUGCGACAACGACACGGUCCCCAGCGUCUCCUCCAUAAACAGGAUUAUCAGAACCAAAGUUCAGCAACCUUUCCACCCAACACCAGAUGGGAGCGGGACAGGUGUGGCUGCACCAGGACAUACUAUCGUGCCCAGUACAGCAUCCCCUCCCGUCUCCAGUGCCUCCAAUGAUCCAGUGGGCUCUUACUCCAUUAACGGGAUCCUGGGGAUUCCUCGGUCGAAUGGCGAGAAGAGGAAACGUGAUGAAGAUGUAUCCGAGGGCUCCGUUCCCAACGGAGACUCCCAGAGCAGCGUGGACAGUUUGCGGAAGCACCUUCGUGGCGACACUUUCACCCAGCAGCAGCUGGAAGCUUUAGAUCGAGUUUUUGAGCGUCCUUCUUACCCUGACGUCUUUCAAACAUCAGAGCACAUCAAAUCUGAGCAGGGUAAUGAGUACUCCCUCCCAGCUCUGACCCCUGGUCUCGAUGAAGUCAAAUCAAGUCUAUCCACCUCUGCUAACCCAGACCUGGGGACAAAUGUGUCAGGACCCCAGACGUACCCUGUGGUGACCGGAAACACUUCCCUCUGCAAGGGGGGCAAAGCCAGCAGGAGAGCAGCACUGCCCUUCCUUCUUGGAAUGCAGAUUCCCUUAGCUGGAUUGAAAGAAAACCUCUCCUCUCCCCUCAGUAUAAAGCAAGAGCCUCAUGGAGCCUCUCUCACCCCUUUCACCCCCACCACGCCGGUCGGCUCUGGGCAGGCUGAGCUUCAGCCCUUCCACAUGACCCUUUCAGACGAUGCGUCCACGCCUUGCUACAGUGCCUUCCUUCAUCAUGGUGCCCACUUUGGGCAGUCCAGCAGCCAGCCUCUGAUAGCAGGUCGUGAUAUGGCAAGCACCACCUUGCCUGGCUACCCACCCCAUGUUCCCCCAACUGGACAAGGCAGCUACCCAACCUCAACUCUGGCAGGAAUGGUUCCUGGGAGCGAGUUCUCAGGGAACCCCUACAGCCACCCUCAAUACACAACCUACAAUGAGGCCUGGCGGUUCAGCAACCCUGCAUUACUAAGUUCCCCUUAUUAUUAUAGUGCCACAUCCCGGGGCUCCGCACCUCCCACUGCUGCCGCUGCCUAUGACCGCCACUAGCUACCAUGGAAACCACAUGAAACUGCAGGGUGACAGCUUAGGCCUCCAUAUUGUACCUGUCUGACCCAUCCCUCCGCCCCUGGGAAGGUGAAGAGAGCCUCGUCGUGCCUCCCCGCAGCACAUCUCCCUCGCCACUGCUCCGAGUGCUCACCAUGCCAGACUGAGAACCCCAUUCUCCCUGCAUCCCCCUGCACCCUGAGGCACCUCAGGAGCCCUCCACAGCACCUCGGCACAGCUCGACCUCCUGCGCUCCCAAGACUUGAGGGGAACUGGCAGCCUUGCGGGACCCCAUUCUCCUGGGAGUGGUAUGGGCAGGGGGAAGUAGGGAGACAGCUGCUCACAAAACACUGAUCCCCAAAGAUACACUCCUCUGUGGUGACCAUCGCCCUGUUUCCCAGGACAGAAGGAACAGCCUGGCUAGAGCAGAGAUGGUGGCACUAAGCCCUGCCCAUCUGGCAAACAAGAGAAGGACCAAGUGACUUUCUGUUACUCCCCACGCACCUCAUCCCACCCCCCGGCAUGGCUCCUGGCGCUGGCUGCGCCCUGCGCGGUGCCCUCGAGGCCAGAGCUGGGCUGAACCUCAACACGCACCCACAACUUCUGUGACACACAAUCAGCUCAGACAGGAGGAUGGAGCAACAAUUACAAACCAACCGACAAAAUGAAGAAAUAUAUAAAUAGAUAUAUAAAUAUAACUGUGUUUUUAUGCUUUGUCAUGAAGGUCUGUAAAAAGGAAAAAAAAAAGAACAAAUUCCCAAUUUUCUAAAAAACCCAAGCAAACAAAAACAACAGCAACAACAACAAAAAAAUAGUAAUUAAAAAACCCUACAAAAAUAAAACUCCAAGUCUCACCCCUCCCCUCCACCCGAAUGGCAGACCAGUUCCUCUGAUGCUUGACGCUCCUCUUUCACUCUCGGGUUUUGUUUCCUUUCUGUUUUGCACUACAAUGGGAUGGUGGUAUUGGAGAGGAUUGGAUGCCAGCUCCACCCCUGUCGCCUCCUACUCCUCCCCCUUCCCCAAAUCCUGUCUCUGGGGAGCAGUGUGGACAAGUCACAUCUGACAAAGUUACCAAACACAUCAGUCGACAAAAAGCUCUCUGAGUCAACAAAUGUUUUCCAUGUCACUGGUUGGCAAACAAAGAAAACAAGCCCAGCUGCACUCUAACUGCGCUUUGUGGUGGAAAGGAAAGAGUGGGGCUUCACGUGGGCCCAUCUGAUUGCCCUCUGGACAGCUGAGACUGAGAUGGACAAAUUCAGGAUUGGCUGGGAUUAUUGCUUGGUUCCCUAGCCCUUAGGCUCCUCUCCUUUUACCCUAAUCCCUGUACCCAUGCCUAUGUCCGUUCAUCCACAUCCCAACUUUUGCGAUUUUACAUACGUCCAGCACCCAUUCUCCAGAUCCCUAUAGCCUGGUGACAACAGCCUCAUUAUCUGUAUCCAACACCUAAUUUCCUAACCACCGCAGCCUUGCAAUAUGGGCCCCUCUUCAAUUUCCAGUCCAUCUGCUCGUACGCCUGAUAAUUUAUGGGCCUACAUUCAAAUCCAUAUGCUCACAGCCUUCCAGCCAGUCCCAACAUGCAACCUCAUCUUUUCAUAUUCAGCCCUAUAUUGUGCACCCUAAUAUUUACCCCUUAUCUCAAAUGCUCACCUGAUGAUUCUCUAGGGAUUUUCUGCUCUUUUUGGUUCCCAAGUGACUAGCAAACACUGUCCUGCAAAAGGCUAACUGUCAAUAGAAAUGCUUAUUACUCCUGUAUUGUCAGCAAACUCAUAAACUGUUCCUUGCACUGACACUUCUUAAAAAAUACUCAAUGAAAACAUGAAGGCAGCUAUAGCCUGUCCCCAGGGCAUCAAGUCUGCCAAAGCAGAUUCUUGUUUUAGAGAGGUUUCUGAUAAAACGAAUGGGCUACUGUCCAUGGACAAAGACAGGAUUGAGGAUCAAACCCUCAAAGGGCAUAAAAGCAAAUGGUAUAUUCCGUACAGCCAACAUUGUGUAUAAAAUCCAAAGUUCCCAGCCACUGAGAUGUGGCUGUGGACUCAGCCUUCUGUUUCCAAGUUUAACUUGUAUGUAUGAAAGCCACCAUCAGUAAACAGCUGUUGAUCCCGAAGGCCCCUUUCACCUAACACUCGUAGCCCUUGCAUGGCUCUAGCUGAUUAUAGGUCUGUGUCUUCUUUAACGGAAUGCCCAAAUGAAAAGGGUACUGGGGGGAGGGGGGUGUUUACAUAGAAGAUAAAGAGCUACAAUCUGUUCCUGUACAGAAUAAAGUCAAAGAGGUUACUUCUGAUCUACUAUUUAAAGUGUUAUUCUGCACACCUAACCUCUGAGUAACCUGCUGCGAAUAGAAGAGUUGUUUCACUGUCACUGAGACCACAAUUUGACCCAUUAUCUCAUUUUAUUCUACAUGAGAAGCAAAAAUCUGAGUAACGUCUAAAAAUGUACCACUCCUUGUUUUCCUCCAUAGACACAGACAGAUGCUGGACCCUGUUCCAUGCUCUCCCUUUUAGUUCCUCAAUACAGCCCUUGCUCUACCUGUGCUCAGGGCCACAGGCAGUACGUCCCGGUACUCGCCACUAGAACUUCCUGAGGAGGCUCCAGAAAAGGAAAUUGUCACACCUCACGUUUAGCUACCUGCAGCCCAGGGGCCACCUUAACUGAAGCUAGCAGCUCAGAAAUGCUCUUUUCCAUAAAGAUGUUUCACCAAACGUGAGACACGAGAUAGAACACAAAAGCUGGAUUCGGUUGGCUCACUCAUGGCUGGCUUGAUCUGACCCUCAGAGGGACAAAUUCACCAUUGGUGUAACUCUGCUGAUAAAAGAGGACUUCCAGCAGGUGUUGAGUUGGUCUGGAAAGUACGUAAGUGCAAGUAGUUUGAUCAGGAAAAUCAAAAGGAAAGCAGAAUUAUGCAAAGGACUGGGCAGUCUAAUCCUCUUCCACCACCAUCUGUAGACCCCCAUGCGAAUGUACUGAAUUACAUUUGCCAAAGAGUUUCUUGUGUUGAUUGUUUUGAUUUACAGUCGGUGGAUGCAUUGUAAAGCAGUAUUAUAGCUGAAGUCUAGUAGCUGACACAGGGAUUUAUGUGGUGAUAUUACGCGGAAGAAAACCAUCAAUAUUCAUAUAGAUUCCAUUAGACUGGACUAUGCAGGAAACGCAGAAAUUUACCAAUUAUUUAAUAUUAUGUUAUUUGCAAAAACAAUUGCUGCUUUGUAGGAAGAUAAUGUGUGUAAUGUGAAGGCAAUUCCUCUUGUAUAUAAGUUCAUCUCCAUCUUCAUCAUGGUAGUUAUUAAAACAGCCUCGUCUCAUCCUGUAGAUAAGGAACACUCUGUCUGUACUGUGCAAGUCUUGUUGUGCUCACUGAAAACAAAACACUGUGUUCAAUAAAGCACAGCACAAAUCCAGAA